AAUAAAUACCUUUUGUCAGUAAGUAACACUAACAAUUAUUUUCUUCCUUUCCACACACUCUCACUCUACUUUCCCACGUCACUCCCUCCCUCUCUCCCCGUGUCUCCUUUUAAGACCCUCCCUUCCUCCCUCCCUCUCUUCUUAGUGCCAGUGCUCUCCAGGCGAGCACACAGUCAGCUUCAACUUUACAGCAACAGCAGAGCGUAUCAGGUUUCCACAGGACCGUAAGAGUUACACGCCCGUCACUGACUUACAGGUGAUCAGAGCAGCACGACUGUCCUUCACUGUCUGACCAAGGGAGAGCUUGUGCCAUGAGAUGAUUACUCAAUAAACCCGGCCAAGUCUUUCCCCACCAGUCUCACCUAUAGACAUGGGGAUACGUGAGAGUGUGAGGGGUCGGAGGUGGCAGGGCAACGCUGGAGCGUUCAGAGCCGGAGUAGGAGUGUUGCUGCUGGGGCUCAGCCUGGCCCAGUCUGUCCCUCCACAGACUGUCUGUCCAGCAGCUGCGGCCCCUCAGAGCCUCACCCAGCCCCAGUACCAGGACACGGUGAAGGACGACAUGGGCUUCAUGGCAGAUCUGGUGCAGUCCUUCCUCCACACAGUCCAGCCUAACCCCUUUCCUAAAGAUCUGAUCGUAAAAAUAGUAAAGGAUUUUGAUGUGCAGUUAACUCAAGAUACCAUCAAAGAAGUCCUGGUGUAUGAUGUGGGUUUCCUGGUGUGUGCAGCCAUUGGCGUCUUGUACAUCGUUCUGAUGCCCAUAGUUGGUUUCUUCUUGGCGUGCUGUCGCUGCUGUGGCAACUGUGGUGGGAAGAUGUACCAGGAGCAAACAUCUUCAGUUCAAUGUCACAGAAGAACUCUCUACUGGACUGCAUUAUUCACCACAGUCAUUAUUUUUGCUGGGAACAUAUGCAUGUUCAAAAGUAACCAAGACAUCAAAGAGGGUGUGGACCAGAGUCAAGUAGAGCUCAACAAAACUAUCAACAACGUCAACUCCUUUCUCACUGCUGUGCCUCAGCAAAUCGACUCUGUGGUGAAUGAGAGCUACAGAACAGUACAGGAAGUUACCAGAAACCUAGAUGCCAUUGGACCUCAGUUGGGAACAGAGAUCAAGAAGAAAUUUAGAGCAACCCUGGACCCAGCGCUGCGGUCGGUUACACUGCUGGAUCAAGAGACUGUAAACGCCACUCUUCAAUUGAGCAAGCUGAACUCCUCUUUGACCCAGUUGCAGUCCAGCAUGAACCGCAUCCAGGCCAACUUCACUGCUGUUAAAAAUCGCAUCAAUACGACGACUUCCAACAGCAACUGCUUUGAGUGUAGCCGCCUGAUGCCUAAGCUACAGACACAAACACUGGAUACCACCAUCUCUAUUCCCAGUUUGAAUGACUUUCAGUCUGCAGUGGAUGAAGUCUACAAAACUAAUCUCAAAUCCAAAAUCAAGGAGAUGGAGGACUAUUUUGACCGCAUCCCCCAGAGGGUGACCGAUGAAACCAAGGAUGUAGUUCAAAGCAGCAAGCAGCUGUUAGAUGACAUAAAAACACAGAUCUCCCAGGUCACCAAGAACAUCCCUUUAUCUACUCUGACAAACGUUUCGGGGACUCUGAACCAGGUGCAGAGAGAAAUCGGCAAGCUCACACCGGAGGUCAAGAGAGCCGAGCAUAUUAGGUGGGGAGUGUGUUUGGUCCUGUGCUGCCUGGUCCUCCUGGUGGUGGUGUGUAGCCUCCUCGGUCUAGUCCUGGGCCCUCUGGGUCUGACACCCAAAUCAGACCCCAGCAAGCGCUCCUGCACGGCGGAUUGUGGAGGCACCUUCCUCAUGAUGGGCGCAGGUUUCAGCUUCCUCUACUCCUGGCUGCUCAUGAUAGUGGUGCUGCUGCUGUUCCUGUUGAGCGGGAACUUUUACACUCUGCUCUGUCGGCCCUGGAACAACGGACAACUGCUAGAGCUCAUUGACACUCCAGGUUUAAUUCCAGGGUUGGAUAUAGGUCCAUCUUUGGGAUUGAAAACCAACAUCAAUAUCUCUGAUAUCUAUAGAGACUGUAAGGAAAACCAGCCUCUGUGGACAACACUCCACUUGUAUGAGCUCAUAAACCUCGAAGACCUGCUCAAUGUAUCAAAAUACACAGAGCAAAUCCAGCAGAAGUUUGACCGUAUAGAAAUCACUCUGCCCGGCAUAGCUCUCCUGAGCCCUGAAGUUAAAAAACAACUCAGCAGCUUCUCCAACAUGACUGCAAAUCUCCACUCCACUGUUGUCCCUCAGCAGAUGAACAGCAGCAUCAAUCUGACUACGAUAGCAGAUGCACUUGAUUCGCUCGCUAAUAUUCAAAGAAACAAUGAUACUAGAAAAGAGCUACAAAAUGAGGCCAGGGACCUGAGGCAGAUCCAGGCCGACAUAGAAACAACCAUCAUCCCACAACUGCAAAACCUGAACUCCACCAUCAAGAGCCUGGGAUCCAUUGCAGAUAAAAUCAAUGAAACAGUGGGGGAGGUGCUGAGCAAUGUGGGAAUAGCACAAGACUUCCUCAACACAAAUACAACACAGAUUGUCAAGACCGAGAGCAAAAAGUUCUUGGACUGUCAGCUGGGCUACUUCAUUGUUUAUGCUGACUGGGCCAAUCUCACGAUCACACAGCAGGUGGGCCGCUGUGGGCCGGUGGCGGGAGCUGUGGACUCUGUUGAUAUUAUCCUCUGCUCAAACAUUGUGGAGUCUCUGAAUGCGUUCUGGUUCAGUUUGGGAUGGUGCAUGAUCUUCUUCAUCCCAAGCAUCAUCUUCUCUAUCAAACUCGCCAAAUACUACAGGAGAAUGAAGUACUCUGAUGCCUUUGACGACCACUUAAUUAUGAACCACAUCCCGAGGGCCCAGAUGAAAUUCACUUGAGAGGACGGCACAUGGGUGUAAUAGCUUUAAAAGACUGCAGACAUAACUGUGGCAUUACAAACUAAAGACACAUGGUCCACUCGAGCCACAUUGUCACUGGUCACAUUUCAGUCCAAACAGCUGAGGUGAAACAGAUUGAACCUCAGAAGUCUCAGAAGAGCCUGGUGAACGUUACACGUUAAAAUCCCUCUAAAGGAGCUAUUUGGUGUGCAGAUCUAUAUGUUUCAUAUCCUUUCUUUGACUGAGCACUCAUCCUAUUGGGCACUGGGAUGUGCCGACUGUGUCUUUUUUUUUUUAAAUCAAUUUGUAAUCCCAAUUUUCACCAUAGGGUGGAGAAACAAAGCGACUGGAACACAGGGCAUAAGAGAAUCUGCAGGGAUUUGUUUCAUCAUUUUAAAUAAAUAUGUCAAAGAGACUUAUUAUAUUACAUGAACGUUUUGUAUUUAAUGUAUUAACUGAGCUGCUGCUGGAUACUGAGAAUAUUUGCUUCAUAUUUCUAACUGCAAAGCAGAUUUUUGUCGGGACAUUUAUGUACAGCGAUGUUUGGUGAGCAGUGCUCUCAGAGAACACAGCAGUGUGUUAUUGUGCCAACAGGAUUUUUAUAAUGUGCCAGCCUCUGUCUGUUACUGCUACUUCUAAUGGGAAACACUUUUUAAAUUCAAUUCUUAAUUACAUUUUGCACUAAUAAUGGAAAUCAAAGCACAUUUUUUUGUAUGAAUCAUGAAAUGAAUACACUUUUCUCUUUGCGUGACUGGUAUAACUGAUGUCACCUGAUGCAAUUCAGGUUUUUUUGUUACUAUUUUGCCUCCAAAUAUUAUUUGUAUAUAUUGAUUUUGACAUCAUGACUCCAUAAUGAUGAUUUUUGUACUCAAUAGUAGAUUGUGCUUUAUCUUUCUGUUACACAGUCUGUUGUAAAGGUUGUGGACAGUUCUGCCAUCUUUUGUGAAAACUACUGAAAGUAAAAAUGGCGACUGGUCAACAAAUUCCAA